CAGGGCCCGGGGCCGGGGACACGCCGAGCCCCGCGGGCGGGCGGGCGGAGCGGGCCGGCGCUACCCCUCGGGUUCGGCUAGGAGCGCCCGCGGAGACCCCCCGCCCUCGGCAGAGGAAGAGAUGGUUACUGUAUGAUACGGAAUCGUGAAAUGUGAUCUUUCUUGAAAAGACUGGAGACCCUCUGAGGGCAAGGACUGUGUGUGCUCGAUUCCGUCUGGCCCCGUGUGUAAUGCCUUGCUGUAUUUGAGGACGGCGCUGUGAGUUGAACUAAGUGGACAUCACUUGCAGUCCCUUCCACAUCUGCCUGGAGUUUCAUCUCUGUCCUUAGUUUAAGCAUUUGAAGAGUGGAGAUGGAACAGUUUUGAACAUGUCUUGAAUAUAAUCAUGGCCAAACCUUAUGAAUUUAACUGGCAAAAGGAAGUUCCUUCCUUUUUGCAAGAAGGAGCCGUUUUUGACAGAUAUGAAGAGGAAUCCUUUGUGUUUGAACCCAACUGCCUCUUCAAAGUGGAUGAAUUUGGCUUCUUUCUGACCUGGAGAAGUGAAGGCAAGGAAGGACAAGUUCUAGAAUGCUCCCUCAUCAACAGUAUUCGAUUGGGAGCCACCCCAAAGGAUCCCAAAAUCCUGGCUGCUCUUGAAGCUGUUGGAAAGUCAGAGAAUGAUCUGGAAGGGCGAAUAGUUUGUGUCUGCAGUGGCACAGAUCUGGUGAACAUCAGUUUCACAUACAUGGUGGCCGAAAAUCCGGAAGUAACUAAGCAAUGGGUAGAAGGACUGAGAUCAAUCAUACACAACUUCAGGGCCAACAAUGUCAGUCCAAUGACCUGCCUCAAAAAACACUGGAUGAAAUUGGCGUUUAUGACCAACACGAAUGGUAAAAUUCCAGUUAGGAGUAUUACUAGAACCUUUGCAUCGGGGAAAACAGAAAAGGUGAUCUUUCAAGCACUCAAGGAGUUAGGUCUUCCCAGUGGAAAGAAUGAUGAAAUCGAGCCAGCAGCAUUUACUUAUGAAAAGUUCUAUGAACUGACACAAAAGAUUUGUCCUCGAACAGAUAUAGAGGAUCUUUUUAAAAAAAUCAAUGGAGACAAAACUGAUUAUUUAACGGUAGACCAAUUAGUGAGCUUUCUAAAUGAACAUCAGCGAGACCCUCGACUGAAUGAAAUUUUGUUCCCAUUUUAUGAUGCUAAAAGGGCAAUGCAGAUCAUCGAGAUGUAUGAGCCUGAUGAAGAUUUGAAGAAAAAAGGUCUCAUAUCAAGCGAUGGGUUUUGCAGAUAUCUGAUGUCAGAUGAAAAUGCCCCUGUCUUCCUGGAUCGUUUAGAACUUUACCAAGAAAUGGACCAUCCUCUGGCCCACUACUUCAUCAGUUCUUCCCAUAACACCUAUCUCACUGGCCGACAGUUUGGUGGAAAGUCUUCCGUAGAAAUGUACAGACAGGUUCUCCUGGCUGGUUGCAGGUGUGUUGAACUUGACUGUUGGGAUGGAAAAGGUGAAGACCAGGAACCAAUAAUAACUCAUGGAAAAGCAAUGUGUACGGAUAUCCUUUUUAAGGAUGUUAUUCAAGCCAUCAAGGAAACUGCGUUUGUCACAUCCGAAUAUCCUGUAAUUCUCUCCUUUGAAAAUCACUGCAGCAAAUAUCAACAGUACAAGAUGUCCAAAUAUUGCGAAGAUCUAUUUGGGGAUCUCCUGUUGAAACAAGCACUUGAAUCACAUCCACUUGAACCAGGCAGGCCCUUACCAUCCCCCAAUGACCUCAAAAGAAAAAUACUCAUCAAAAAUAAACGGCUGAAACCUGAGGUCGAAAAAAAACAGCUUGAAGCUUUGAAAAGCAUGAUGGAAGCUGGAGAAUCUGCUGCCCCAGUUAACAUCUUAGAGGAUGAUAAUGAAGAGGAAAUAGAGAGUGCUGACCAAGAGGAGGAAGCUCACCCUGAAUACAAAUUUGGAAGUGAACUUUCUGCUGAUGACUUGGGUCACAAGGAGGCUGUGGCAAAUAGUGUCAAGAAGGCUUCAGAUGACCUUGAACAUGAAAUCAACAAAAAGGGCCUGGUUACUGUAGAAGAUGAACAGGCAUGGAUGGCAUCUUAUAAAUAUGUAGGUGCUACCACUAAUAUCCAUCCAUAUUUGUCUACAAUGAUCAACUAUGCACAGCCCGUAAAAUUUCAAGGUUUCCAUGUGGCUGAAGAGCGCAAUAUUCAUUAUAACAUGUCUUCUUUUAAUGAGUCCGUUGGUCUAGGCUACUUGAAGACACACGCGAUUGAAUUUGUGAAUUACAACAAACGGCAAAUGAGCCGCAUUUACCCCAAGGGAGGCCGGGUCGAUUCCAGUAAUUACAUGCCUCAGAUUUUCUGGAACGCUGGCUGCCAGAUGGUUUCGCUCAACUAUCAGACCCCAGAUUUAGCGAUGCAAUUGAAUCAGGGAAAAUUUGAGUAUAAUGGAUCAUGUGGGUACCUUCUCAAACCAGAUUUCAUGAGACGGCCCGAUCGAACAUUUGAUCCCUUCUCUGAAACUCCUGUCGACGGGGUUAUCGCAGCCACUUGCUCAGUGCAGGUCAUAUCAGGUCAGUUUUUAUCAGAUAAGAAAAUUGGUACAUAUGUAGAAGUGGAUAUGUAUGGUUUACCCACUGACACCAUACGUAAGGAAUUCCGAACUCGCAUGGUGAUGAACAAUGGACUCAAUCCAGUUUACAAUGAAGAAUCAUUUGUGUUUCGGAAGGUGAUCCUCCCUGACCUGGCAGUCUUGAGAAUAGCUGUGUAUGACGACAACAAUAGGCUGAUAGGCCAGAGGAUUCUUCCGCUGGAUGGCCUCCAAGCAGGUUAUCGACACAUUUCUCUUCGAAAUGAGGGAAAUAAACCAUUAUCACUGCCAACAAUUUUCUGCAAUAUUGUUCUUAAAACAUAUGUGCCUGAUGGAUUUGGAGAUAUUGUGGAUGCUUUAUCAGAUCCAAAGAAAUUUCUUUCCAUUACGGAAAAGAGAGCAGACCAAAUGAGAGCUAUGGGCAUUGAAACUAGUGACAUAGCAGAUGUGCCCAGUGAUACUUCUAAGAAUGACAAGAAAGGAAAGGCCAACACUGCCAAAGCAAACGUGACCCCGCAGAGCAGCUCUGAGCUCAGACCAACCACCACCGCGGCCCUAGGGUCUGGAGUGGAAGCCAAGAAAGGUAUCGAACUUAUCCCUCAAGUGAGGAUAGAAGAUUUAAAGCAGAUGAAGGCUUACUUGAAGCAUUUAAAGAAACAACAGAAGGAGCUAAAUUCUUUAAAGAAGAAACAUGCUAAGGAGCACAGCACCAUGCAGAAGCUGCAUUGCACACAAGUUGACAAAAUUGUGGCACAGUAUGACAAAGAGAAGUCGACGCAUGAGAAAAUCCUAGAGAAGGCAAUGAAGAAGAAGGGGGGAAGUAAUUGUCUCGAAAUGAAAAAAGAAACAGAAAUUAAAAUUCAGACACUGACAUCAGAUCACAAAUCUAAGGUCAAGGAGAUAGUGGCCCAGCACACAAAGGAGUGGUCAGAAAUGAUUAACACCCACAGUGCUGAGGAACAAGAAAUCCGGGACCUGCACCUCAGCCAGCAGUGCGAGCUCCUGAGAAAGCUACUGAUCAACGCCCACGAGCAGCAAACCCAGCAGCUAAAACUGUCCCAUGACAGGGAAAGCAAGGAAAUGCGAGCACACCAGGCUAAGAUUUCUAUGGAAAAUAGCAAAGCCAUCAGCCAAGAUAAAUCUAUCAAGAAUAAAGCAGAACGGGAAAGGAGAGUCAGGGAGUUAAAUAGCAGCAACACCAAAAAGUUUCUGGAAGAAAGAAAGAGACUCGCCAUGAAACAGUCCAAAGAAAUGGAUCAGUUGAAAAAAGUCCAGCUUGAACACCUGGAGUUCCUAGAGAAACAGAAUGAGCAGGGCUUACUAGCGGGACCCAAGGAAAGGAGCUGCCCAAAACUCUACAAACCACCUAACCUAUUGAAAUCCUGCCAUGCAGUGUCCCAAACGCAAGGCGAAGGAGAUGCAGCAGAUGGUGAAGUUGGAAGCCGAGAUGGACCGCAGACCAGCAACAGUAGUGUGAAACUCCAGAACGCAAACUGAAGCCCCAAAACCACACAGCAUCAAAAGAUCACCCCAAAGCUUCCCAACACAGAGUUCACGCAAGAAGGCUGCUGUCUGUGGGUUUCCUUUACGCCCAGCCAAGAUGUUACCUGAAACCACCAAGACUUACAUAUUUCUAUUUAACAUUUUGAGUAUUGGAUCUCCUUGGCCAACCAUAAGUAGCUCCCAACCCACCCAAAUUACUAGCCCAAUAAGGCAGAGUUUCACUCUUGAUAUUACAACUUAAACAUGUUUGCUAUAAAAUACCAUCACAAGUGAAUGAGCUUGGUGUCCACAACUCUGCUCUGUGAUGCAUUAGGACAUGUUUGAGCUGCAGCAAAAAUAGUGCAUUAGUGAUUGAAUAUCAAGUGCAUGCACUAGGGGGAAAAAAAACCAACUCUGUCUACAAAUUCAUCAGCAGAAGUGGCAGUCUGCUAGACAAAUUUUGCAGAAUUUUUCUACAUCUGAGUUACCUCAUCAGUAAGUGCCAUGUCUCUGCCAUGCCGUAAGAAGCUAAGUUCCUGUAAAAGUUGUGGAAAUUAUUAGAAUAAAAAACAGUAGAACAGUGUACCUGUGCCAAAACUCAUCAGUGCUCAAGGGAGAACUCUGUUAGGCACAUGUUAAGAAAGUUUACAUCUGAUAUUGCUUUAUAGGAAUUGCUUCUGCCGAUUCCAGACAUUAUAAUACACUAUUACACCAUAAAGAUCGUGAAGUGGUAAUUGGCAAACGUUUGUAAAUGUGACCAUGUAUAAAAUAUUUAUACUCCUACUUCACACUGUUAGAGCAAAAUCAUCUACGUAUUGCCACAUGAUGAGAUUAGUAAACAGGAAUACCAGAACUAUGUUUGCAUGAUACACAAGCACCAGUUAAGACUAAUCCAUACAGAUACAGUUAACCUAAUGCCAAAUAAAUACUGGUUUAAUAAAAUGUAUGGCACAGAAUAUAAUUUGACUAUGAAGACUUUAAGCAUAAUGAAAAAGUCUAUAUAUAUGUGUAUAUGAAUUAUGUGGGCAUUCUUGAUACUUCAAGUUCUAGUUUCAAAAAAAUACAUAACUAAUUUAAUUUUACACAAAAAUAUUUAUGCAGAUUUUCAGAAUUUCAUAUCAGGAAAUAACCUUUUUACGUCUGUUAAAUAUCAAAACAAUUUGCUACAGUGUUAAUCUGCAUGGUCUUUAAGCCUGCCAUAGUUGUGUUGCAGACAGUGCAUGAAAAAGUAUUCUGCGGGGAAUCAAGCCAUGCCGCCCAAGCCGGGAGGAGCGCAUGGAAACUUGGUAGUCUAGAACUAAUCAGAUUACUGAUUUUAGGACACAAAACACCAACUGAAUUGUUGUAUAUGCUUGUACAAAUUGAUUCUGUGUGUUCCCCUGAACAAAGCAGAGAAAAUGAUGUUACCAUCAAUAUUGAAAUUAAACUUCCAACUUCUCUAAUAAAAAAUGAAAACACA